GGGCGGGCUGUUAAACAGGAAGCUCAAACGCACAGUUCGUGAGUAAGGACCCGUGUGGAAGUUUGUCAGCACACGGACAGCACGCAGAGAUUUACCCCUCUAUAAACUGAACUUGGAAAGCACACGUAACCAUGGACCCUGAAAAGAGUACGUGUGCAAAAGGAUUCUCUGAUAGCGCCGUCCACGUGGAUGUGAAGGAUUAUUAUGGAAAGAGGCUGAAGCAUACCUCAGACCUAAAGACCAAUGCCUGUGUGGCUCCAGUCCAGCCCACCCCUACCUUUAUUCGCCUGGCACUGAAGAAAGUACACCCUGAAAUCACUGCUAGGUACUAUGGCUGUGGUUUGGUUGUGCCAGAGUGCUUGGAGGGCUGCAGGAUACUAGACUUGGGUAGUGGAAGUGGGAGAGACUGCUAUAUGUUGAGUCAGCUUGUGGGAGAGAAGGGCCAUGUCACUGGUAUUGACAUGACUGAUGUACAGCUUGAAUUGGCCAGGACACACGUGGACUAUCACAUGAAAGAGUUUGGUUACAAGAAGCCAAAUGUCAACUUUGUCCAGGGCUACAUUGAGGCCUUAACCGAUGCAGGUCUGGAAAAAGACACAUUUGAUAUUGUCAUUUCAAACUGUGUGGUGAAUCUAUCUCCAGACAAGAGGAGGGUACUGGCUGAAGCUUACAAAGUACUUAAGGCCGGCGGUGAGCUGUACUUCAGUGACAUUUACUGCAAUGGAAGAAUAACAGAGGAAAUUAAAAAUCACCAAGUGUUAUGGGGUGAGUGUCUUGCUGGAGCACUCUGGUGGAAGGAUCUCCUGCAGUUGGCUGAAGAAGUGGGCUUCAGCCCCCCACGCCUGGUUACAGCGACUGUCGUCACUGUUAACAACAAGGAACUGCAGGACAUUCUUGGGGACUUUAAGUUUGUUUCUGCCACAUACCGCUUGUUCAAAGUCCCCAAAGGCAACACCAGGAACUCCAAAGUCAUAUAUAAUGGAGGUAUUACAGGAGCAGAGGAUAGUUUCCACUUUGACUGUCAAUACACCUUCAAGGCAAAUGACGUUGUGGAGGUGGUUGGAGAUGUGGCCAACAUACUGACACAUUCCAGAUUUGCAGAGGAGUUCACUUUCCAGCCACUGGGGGGUCCCACUGGGCCCUGUGGAGUCAAACCUAUGGUUGGCAUUGAGGACCCUUUCGAGCUGGCCCUUCAGUUGGGUGUGCAAGGCCCCGGUGCAGUCACAGGGGGAUGCUGCAGCACACAGUCUGCUGGCUGCUGCAAAUAAUGGUGGGAUGAGCACAGAAAAGUACAGGUCCAGCAUCAUACCCACUAAUGCAGCUGCACCUUUAUAAUGCCUUAUGCAGAUAAAUUAUCUUGUACCCUGUUAAUAAUUUUGAUUAAACUUCCAUAAGUUCAUUAGGCAUGAUCAUUUGCCUUGUUGAUAUUUCAUUGCAGGGCACUUGAAGUCCUGUGCUGUAGAUCCUAGUGGUGUGGAUCAGUGAAUUGAUUUCUUGUUCACUCCUAGCAUACAGAUUGAUGUCAUUCAUGUAGAGGAGGUGGCUGAGGAUUGCUCUAUUCCAUAGUUGGCAUCCAUAGCCACACUUGUUCAUGAUCUGGCUAAAUGAGUUCAGGCCUAUGCAGAACAGCAGUGGGGACAGAAUGUCUCUUUAGUAAAUCCAACACUUGAUGGUAACUUGUGGACUUGGUUUGAAGUUGGCCUCUGGUGUUGCUCUCCACAUCCCCAUAGAGUCCCGGAUGAAGACUGUUAGAGUCCUAUCGAUCUUGUACAGUUCUAGGCAUUUCAGGAUCCAUGUGUGAGGCAUUGAGUCAUAGACUUUCUUGUAAUUAAACUUGCAGCGCAGAGGUUGAUCAGUCUGGCCUUACAGUCUUGACUGACUGCUCUCUCUACCAGUAGCUGGUGUUUUGCUCCCCUGGUAUCUCUGCCAGUUCCUUUCUGGGCCCUACUCGUGUAUUGAACCAUGUACCUGCUCAUCUUACCUGCUAUGAUGCCUGACAGUAACCACAACAUGGAAACUCCUGUCAGGCAUCAUAGCAGCAGGUUACUGGGUGGAAGUUGGAUGGGAUUGGGCCCUUUUGGGGAUCCUUGGGGAUCAGGACUGUUUGGCCUUUGGUCAGCCAUUCUGGGUGUGUCUUGGCCUCUAGCAGCUGGUUCAUUUAUGCUGCCAGGCACUCAUGGAGUGCAGUUAGCUUCUUUAUGUCAGGAGGUAUGAAUCAUGUCAGGGCCUGGUGCUGUCCAAUUCCUCAUACGUGAGACUCUUUCUUGAAUGUCACUGUGCCACUGUGAUGGUUACUGGAGCCUGUUAAGGAAGGCUGCUGUGUUCUGCUAAUAGGUCCACUAGCCACUGAGCACUGGUGUUGUGUGUUUCAUCCUUCUUCCAUAUGCUCUUCCAGUAUUGAUCCAUCUCUAGCCUUGAUGGGGGUCUGUUCUCAUAUUAUUCCCUUGCCACUGAGAGUAAAUUUUGGAUGGUUCAGUGGAGAACAUCUGGAUUAUUCUCCUGGCUUCUAUCUCUCUGGCAUACCUCCUCAGGCAGUUAGCCAAGGCUGUGAUUCUCUGCUUGGCAGUUUCUAAGGCCUCAGGUAUGGAGAGCUUGCUAUACUUCUUAGGCACCCCUCUCUUCAUCACACCUUUCUGCAGCUCUAAUAGCUGGCUAACUUCCCUCCAGGCUGCCUUGAGCUUAGCUUCUAACCAUCUUUUCCAUGGGGGGUACUGCUCCUUGUGGCUUAUAGCAAUGCAUCUCAAGGAUCAACUGACUGAUUUCAGAGAUGGGAAAAGUAGGGAUUGUCUGUAGUGCUGAAUUUGCAUUAUCUCAUAGACUUUCAGCGGGGACUAUCGGUGUGUGUGUGUGUGUGUGUGUGUGUGUGUGUGAGAGAGAGAGAGAGAGAGUAUAUGUAUUUUUUUUUUUUUUUCCUUGGGCUCACAAGUUAAUUACUUGCACAAAGAAUAAACAUCUUAUGUGCACAACAUAAUUUAAUAGAUAUUGAUAUCUCAAACAACUUCAGAUGCACCCGGCCAGCAAAUAAUGGAGACAACUCAGCUAAUCAUGUUUUUGUUUCACUUCAGAAUGGGCUACAAUGCAGUUACAUGAAGUCAUCAUUUGCGUCACAUACUAAAGGACUGUGUGAAGUGUAAGGCCUGCAGAGAAAUGAGUCCUACUAAUGACGAUCAAAAAUUUCCAUUGUAUGUGCCAGUUUAAGGAGCCAGCAUAUGAUUCAGGGCUGCUCAGAAAAAUAAAUAAUCUCACAUCAAAAACUUAUAGUUUGUGUUUGUAAGAGCUGACAAGAGUAUGGUGGUUUAUAUUGGUAACUGAGGUGGCUGUUAAAUUUCUUGUACCAACUAUUUUUUUUAAUCAAGGUUAGGAGGGUUUAGUUUGCUAUAAUGUCAAGAAAUAAAAAACAGUUAAAACUGAAGAGAUUUGUUCCCCACUUCUAGUUUUCAGUGCUGCUAUACGUUGGUUUUGUUUGAGCUGCUGUUAAAUAAAAGGCCACAGAAAAUAUUCGGAGGGCUGACACUGGUCCAUAGGCCACACUUUGAGUACCCUUGCUGUAAAUGGUCUUGUUCAGACAAGAUACCGAUAUCACUUUGAGGGACUUCAAGUGGUUUGCAAGUGCUCCCAGUAAUAUUUUAUUUAAAAAAUAAAUAAAUAAUCCCACAUAGUAACAGUUUAAUAAUCUAAUUAUAUUUGAUAGAUAAAAUGACAACUUUAUAGGAAGACAAAAUUCAAGUACCAAAUUUAAAACCUUUAAACAACCUUGGACAGUAGUAAAACUUGUAGAAAAAUAAAUAAAUAAAUACUUCAGGAUCUUAUUCAUCUAUGCCUCAUUUUUUCAUUUGCCUACAUAGUCUUCUUAUGUUCAUAUCCAUAAGACUUACAUCCUUUAUCAGCACUUUUCCUUAAGAAACUUUUAGUUUUUAGUAAAUCAGUACUAAAUUGUCUUGUAGACUGUGUUUACGGGUCUGGCUUUAGGAUGUGCUUCAACAACAGUCUACUAAUUAAUUCGUGCUUUGUGUCUAUUAU